AUGGAAUUGAAAACCGAUUCUUUUAAACAGCAGCUUAGUUCUUUGGGGGACAAAGUGUUAAAGACUCCUCAACAGGUCAAGCAGAGACUAUAUACUGGACCAAGAACGAAAGAUGUUACAGUAGAAGAGCUUAAGAACAGAUUUGAAGUGGUACACGGUUGUGGCAUUCAGCUACUUCAUGGGUGCAAUCAGUUUUCUAGGAACAUCCAGAGUUUAUUGGUUCAUUUUCAACGCACGAUUGAGAUAUUUAAUGCAAUCUAUGAUAUUAAAAAUGAUCCAGACAAGUCUCACAGAGAUUUUGAGAGCUUACAAAAACGGUUUGAGAUAAUCAAGAACAAGAUCGAGGGAGACUUGCCAUUUUUUGACCAAAACGUGGUGCUCCCGAUUCAAAAUUUUCAUGCAACGUGUGGUAACAUACAGAAUACCAUUGACAAAAGGGACUUGGCCUCUUACAAGGCCGACUCGCUGAAACACAAGUUGGCCAGCAUUUCGCCACAAAAACUCCGUACUCCAGGUCUCAAGUACGAAAACGAAAAGAUCAAAGCCGAAAGUAAAUACGAAAAGGCCUUGAAAGAGUACGAGCCCUUAAACGACCAGAUACGCUCUGAAUUGGGCAUUUUCUUACAAAUGGCAAAUAGUUUCUUCCACGAUUGGUUUUUGAACCACUACUACAUCACAUACUCCAUGUACUACAACAUGUACACAUUCAUUGGUACGUGCGCGGAGGUACGCCGUAUUGUGAUUGAUUCACAAACCGGGAUUGGGACACAGGACGAGUUCUCUCCCAACUCGCAGCAGAUGAUCAGUAUGAUCGAUAUCGCAAACAAUAACUUAACCACCCAGUUCCACAAUGAUUUUGACGUCAUAGCACAGGAAAUUAAAAAGCUCGGCAUCUCGGAUUUUGAAUCUUUCUACGCAAGAUCCACGGCAAACGCAAAUGCGCGGAGACUGCUGGAGGGCACCAAUGCCGAGUAUUCGCCAAUUCGCCACAGUUCUGACAUUGAUAGCACACGCGCAUAUAGACACGAUCAAGAUUUCGGGUUGCAAUACUGCAAGGCUACUACAGAUUUUGUCCCCUCUCCAGAAGACGCAGAAAACACCCUAGCUCUAAGAAAAGACGAUGUGGUUAAAGUUUACAGAAAGGAAACCGAGGACUGGUGGUAUGGUCAAUCGUUACGCACCAACAAAAUUGGAUAUUUCCCACUCCACUGCACCACUAUGGCAAAUGGUUUACGCUAA